AUGUACCAAAUAGGAAUCCAAGUGGAAUCGCUGUCACAUGUGGAAUCGCAAAGUGGAAUCGCUGUCACAAGUGGAAUCGCAGAGUGGGUUCCAAGUGGAAUUGAAGUUUGUGCCUUUUUUUUUAUUCAAAGUUUGAGUAAAGGAAUCGUGUGCAAAAUGUCUUUCUCUUGUGAGGAAGCUAAUUGCACAAAAAAAUCCUACGCAAACAUGCGACUUAAUAAACAUAGCUAUGAUGAUCAUACUUUACAAGUAACAAUUUCAAUUCAAAACACCUCAUACACUGUCAACAAAAUUGAGAGUGGUUUUGUUUGUCCGAAAUGCAAUAGUAUUUUAGAGUCGACUUCAACUUUCAAGGCAUAUGCAGAACGACACAACAAAUCACCAAAGGCCAGGAAAAAGAAGGGAGUUUACAGUGAAAGCGAUAUCGAGACUGCCCGACGUAUAUCAAAUGACAUGAAGACGCUUACCAAACCUAUUGCGACACUUGCUGCUGUUGAUCGAUUGGAAUAUACAAAUUUGACGCCGAUUGCAUUAUUAUCAGGGCCACUAUCAUACUAUCUACUUGGUGAUGCAACUGAUGUCCAAGAAUUACAUGAACAGCAACCAGAGGUUAUUUUCUCUAUUCCACCUGAUCCCAGCCACCAACCAAAAGAUUACGAGACUAACCACACUUUGCUUACGUUCUUAAUGAAUAACUGUUCCAUGGCGUCUUCAUUAAAGAAUGAACACUAUAUUGAAUUGGACACUAAUCACCUGAAGAAGGCGAAUCGUGAUUGGCUAAUAAACCCAGAAGCAAGAUAUGCAGUAUUGCAAAGCAUUUAUUAA